AUGACUUUGGUUGUCGACCAUAGUGGGAAAGUCCACACACGAAAAAUGGUCACGAUAAAGGACGUGAUUGUGAACCGAGAGGCGCUGCUAGCAGUCAUUCGGGGGUCUCAAGGCAACCCGCGCCUAAGCAUAGUGACGCUCAAACGGGCAAUUUUGGCUUUCUACACCCAAUACCGCUUAUUCCCGACUGGAGUGGUGUCUGAACUCGAUUCGGUACAAGACUGGGCAGACAAGUGCGCCAAAGCGUUGCUUA